CAGCCCCACGGCGGCUACCCCUCCUCCGGUUAUGGACGGAUCCCUUCAGGCUCCGCUCCCCAUCCUGGAUUCGCCGGCUCAUUCAACCUGCAUGCGAACCAGCAGCAGUAUCCUUACGCCCCAUCCAUAGCCCAGGCGCCGCCACCGGCCUCGGGUGCUUACCCGCCUCCGCCUCCGCCCCCGCCGAAGCGGCAGCCGCAGCCUUCUAUGUUCUACCCUUCUUCACAGUAGCCUCCCCAGUAUAACCCUCCUUCUCAGCCGCCGCCGGCCCCUCCGCCAGCAUCGCCGCCUCCCAACCCUUCUAUCCCUCCUCCGCCUCCCCAUUCUCUGUCUAAUCAGGCUCAAUCUGUUCCUCCGGCCAUGAACUUGCAACGUAAUAGCUCCUCCAAAGUCGCCCCGCCUCCCGGGCGCCAGCAGAAGCCAUCACUCCCGCCUAUGCAGCAGAAACCGUCGCUCCCGCCUAUGCAGCAGAAGCCUCCUCCUGGACCGCCUGCCGCGGGGGGCCCCACCCAGUCCGGAUGUCCAAAUGGAAUAUCGGUAAGGAUGGAGACGGAGGAGGAGAGGAGGUUGCGGAAGAAAAGAGAAUACGAGAAGCAGAAACAGGAGGAGAAGAGGCUGCUUUUCUUGAAACAAUCGCAGUCAACUGUGCUGCAAAAGACACAGAUGCUUGCAGCCAAUGCAAGGCCGAAUGCCUCAAUGACUGAUUCUCGCAUGACGGACCGCCGAACAACUCCUUUUUUGGGCGGGGACAGAAGUGAGAGCCGGCUUAAGAAGCCUACGACUUUCAUCUGCAAAAUGAAAUUUAGCAGAUACACAAUUACAUCCAUAGAAAAGACACUAAAGCCUAAACUCUAUGUUGAACAAGAUCUCGGGAUACCACUUGACUUACUUGACAUGAGCAUAUACAAUCCUCACACUGUUCGUCUCCCCCUUGCCCAUGAAGAUGGAGAACUGUUGCAUGAGGAGGAGGUAGUAACUCUCAUCAAACAAGAAGGUAUAAGAAGGAAAGAGAGACCUACAGAUAAAGGUGUUUCUUGGUUGGUUAAGACUCAAUAUAUUUCUCCUAUAAGCAUGGAAGCUGCAAAAAUGUCAAUUUCUGAGAAACAAGCAAAGGAGAUGCGUGAAUCAAGAGAAGGAAAGAAUGUUUUCUUGGAGAAUCUUAACAAUAGGGAGAAACAAAUUCAAGCUAUCGAAGAAUCUUUCAGGGCAGCCAAACUACCUCUUUUUCAUCAAUCAAAACCUGGACUAGAACCUGUGGAUAUUUUAACUUUGUUGCCAUUUUUUGACAGAUAUGAAGAUCAGUUUGUUGCGGUAAACUUUGAUAGAGAUCCUGAUUCAGAACAAUAUAACAAGUUAGACAGAUCUGUUCUUGAUGAAAUUGUGUCGCAGGUUUGGAUUUCAUCACCCUGGGUUGGGCCUACUACGUGCAUGGUUAUUUGCAAGUAACUUCCAAUUUGGUUGUUUUAGAUGUAUAGUGGAUCCAAUAUAUUUUUUCUUUUUUGAGAAGUAUCCUUCGAACCUUUCUGUUUAAUUUUUGAUUGAAAUGCUCUUCAACUUUGUGAAGUAAGUUCUUUGUAGUAAUUUACUUGGUUCCUUUUUGUUUCUUUUCAUAAUAAGAUGUUAGACUCCGUGGUAGUUUUGAUGUGAUCAACCAAGUUGGUUAGGUCCUGCUUUGUGUUUGAUCCCUGUGUCUGAGUGUGCAGGAGCUUAGGAGCGCAGGAAGUCGAG